AUGUCUACUACAUCGCGACUAUUUCAACUAAGCGGAACUUGCAACAAUUACCCAUGGGGUAAGAAAGGGCAUGAGUCUCUCGCCGCUAAGUUAUGCGAGAAGACUCCAGGGACUGAAUUCGCUGUAAAUGACAACGAGUGUUAUUCUGAGCUCUGGUUUGGCGAUUAUCCCGACUUUCCUGCGAGAGACUUGAAAACUGGCCGACCACUUGCCGAACGGUUAAAAACCCACAAAGAAGCUCUCCUGGGUUCAUAUUCGUUGAAAAAGUUUGGCGACCAGCUUCCAUUUCUUCCAAAGAUCCUUUCGAUAGGCAAAGCUUUGCCAUUGCAAAUUCACCCGAAUAAAUCACUUGCGGCCAAACUUCAUGAGAAGGAUCCAGACAAGUUUUCAGACUCUAACCAUAAGCCAGAGAUUGCGGUGGCGCUAUCACGAUUCGAGCUCUUCGCUGGCUGGAGAGAUGUCAAUCAGAUAUCUCCGUUGUUCAACAUACCAAGCCUAAGGGAUUUCGUACCCGAAGGAAAGGAAUCAUGGAACGGCGAAACGCUGAGACAUGUCGUUCGUGGGAUAUUGAAGGCAGACGAACAGACUGUUCAGAAUAUUGAAGAGGACUUGAAGCGACAGUCUGAACAAGAUAUCGAGAAACUUGGUUAUCCAAGCUCCAUGUUCGAGCUGAUUCACCGCCUUCAGUCUCAAUACUCAGCCACUGACCCUGGACUAUUUGUUGCGAUCCUAUGCAUGGACUACCUUGUCCUGGAACCUGGAGAGGCAAUUUUCAUUCCUGCUGACGGCGUCCAUUGCUACUUGUAUGGGGACAUCGUGGAGUGUAUGGCUCGUUCCAAUAAUAUGCUCGCAGGUGGACUCUGCCCAGUGGCCGACCGCGACAGUAUUGAUCUUUUUUCUGAGGCUCUUAGAAUUGACUCAAGUACGCGGUUGGACAAUCUGAGGUUACCAGCCAAGUCGAGCGAAGACGUGGCAAACGGCCAUGCCUUACUGUACCAGCCUCCCUUUAGCGAAUUUGACAUGGUUCGGAUUGACAUGCCAGCUGGAAAGGAAGAGUUAAUGUGGAAGCACAAGGGUCCUACCGUGGCUAUUGCAAUUUCUGGUGAGGGUACAAUUUUGGGGGAUGGGAGAGAAUUUGCUGUCAAGGACGGGUUCAUAUUCUUCAUUGCGGCUGAAACAACUACGAUGCUGAGGGCAGAGACUUCUUUGCAAAUAUAUGCUGCUGUCGUACGCUGA